AUUGAUGGAUUCUACUCAAAAACUGUGUUUAUACGCGUUUUAUAUUGAUUGUUAUGGCUGAAAGUGUUUGUUAUUUUAGUCGAAAAUCAGAAUAGUAAGUCGGCGAGUAGAUCCAAAACCCGAACUCGAAACCCAUUAAAUUGCAUUAGCAACUUCAUUUGCCCAGCGAAAAUUGAGUCGUCUUCUGAAAAUUAACAGAAACCUGUUCCCGAUUUCCGCCGAUCGCCGGCCGUGGGUUGCUUUUUUAAUUCGAGGUUUGUUUCCUCUGCGGGAACUGAAAUGGAGCAGGAGAGAUUAUUGGUGGUCACGGAUCAGGUAGCCGUAUCUGUGAGUGCAGUUUUUGAUGCAGUGAAGGUGGUGAGGGAGGGAGUUGAACAGAUUGAUCCUCUGAUUAUUACGCAAGCUUCUUUGGACAGUCUAUUGUCAGUGGAAUCUUCAUCUAUUGAUGAUGUUGUUUCCCUCUGUAAGUCAUUGGAGUUUCCCAGCGAUCAAUUGCUUGCCAACCUCUCCAGAGUGUUAAAGCCUGGUGGAAGAAUCCUUCUUUAUUUGACUUCUCAGUCGGAGGUGCAAAUGGCAAACUCUUCUCUUGAGCGUAAGUUACUGCUGGCUGGAUUUCUGGACAUACAAUCUUCUGGUAACAAGUCUGUUGGGGUAACAGGAAAGAAGCCUUCGUGGAAGAUUGGUUCAUCCUUUUCAAUUAAAAAAACGUCGCAAGUCCUGCCUAAAGUUCAGGUUGAUGAUGAUGCUGAUUUGAUUGACGAGGAUAGCCUCUUGACGGAGGAAGAUCUGAAGAAGCCGCAACUGCCACCUAGUGAUUGUGAAGUUGGGAGCACAAGAAAAGCUUGUAAAAAUUGCACUUGUGGAAGGGCUGAAGCAGAGGAGAAAGUCGAGAAGCUUGGAAUUACUAUGGAUCAGCUCAACAAUCCUCAAUCUGCUUGUGGAAAUUGUGGUCUUGGUGAUGCUUUCCGGUGCAGUACAUGCCCUUAUAAGGGUCUUCCUCCAUUCAAGCUAGGAGAGAAGGUAACUUUAUCAGGUAACUUUCUUGCAGCGGACAUUUGAGUAUCAAGAAGCUGAAGAUGAAAGUUUUGCAGCUCCUACUCUCCUGUGUUUUUGUUCCGUACUAGUUGGUCUGGUCAUAGUGUACUGUGGAUUAGGUCAAAAACGAUAUGGGCUGUUCUUGGAGCAUCAGCUCCUGUUCCGUUCUCUUUAUGUCGUUCUUCCAAAUAAAAUCAGUUCAUUCUUGAGUCACUUCUGGAGAGCCCAAGAAUGAGGUGCACGAAAGAGCAUGGGUGUGUUGGUGACCAAUGUGUUAGUGUGACCUGAGAACUGAAGAUGUUCAGCUCCAGACUUGACAAGAUUUCUGAACUACUUGUUAGAACAAAUUUUAACAGGAUUUCUCAUAUAUUUACUUUAAAUCUUGUUUAAAGCUC